AAUAUUAUUUUAAAUUUGUCCUUUCUCGUAUUACCCAACAAUAAAAAUAACGAAUUAAAAAAUUCUAUAAAUUAACGUUAAACGAUAAAUCGAUCGGUUGUUACCACAUCGAUUGUAACAUAAAAUAUAUCCUCGUAUCGUCGAGCUUGUAAGAAAAUAAUCCAUCUUCCAUCGAUGCAUAUAUAUAUAUAUAUAUUAAUUAUUAUUGCAUAAAGAAAUGAUAUAAUAACAUCGUUCACGCAUGAAAUAUGCAAAAUUGAUCGGUCUUAUAUCAAUUGAAUUAGGGCAAAAAUCGUUUAUGGAGAGAAAGUAUAAAUGACAUCGGGCACGGUGUAUGCCUGUUAGUCGUCACGAGCUGCACGCACGAUGCAUUACCCUCUGCACAUUGUUGUCGUGUUGACGAGCCCAUGGAUCCUUCAGGAUUACGUGCACGCGGCGAAAAAUGGUCUAAGUGCCGAAGUGCUGACGUCUUUCGCCAGAAACAUCGCCUCGGUUCUAUCGACGACCUUGCUCAGCGAAGACUCACCUGUGAACCAAUCGUCGAGCGGUAACCUUCUGAAAAGAAUUCAAGAUGCGCAGCCACCGUUGGAGAUCUCCACCAAUCAGUCGGAAGGAUCGGAUACCUCGUCGAAUUCCUCCUUCGUUCGCUACCCUCGAUCCACUCGCGAAUCUUCUUCAAACGAACGAGAAGAAACGCUAUUCCAGAAUCCUUACGCGACGAAUCCUCCGCGUUAUUCGAAAUAUCACGAAUCGAUAUCCUCCUACAAACCGUACGAAUUCACCGUGAAUCCAAGGAUUCCUUACAACGAGGUGAACGCACCUGGUAAUCUAAAUAUAAUCAAUACCAAAGAAAAUUCUGUCAACGAAGUCAACGUUAAUCCAUCACCUCUCCAUUAUCCUUCUCCUGGAUUCAGAUACAAAUCCGAACCCGUCGAUCCAUUGUCCAAUUCGAAUCUGAUUCAAAAUUAUCCCCGAUUAGCGGAUCUUCGCUAUCAUCGUCUCUCGACUCAGAGACCUGUCGAUCCUCGAGAACAUUCGACAACCCUGGAACAAGAGAUUAACACGGAUGAAAACGGGAAUAGUAAUCAGAUUGCCAGGAUAUCUCGAAGACCGUAUAAUUAUCGUGGCUCCUUUCAUAAUUCUUAUUACACACCUGGGUACCCGGAGUUCUAUCCUCGCGAGAGGCUCGUGGAAAGUGAGGAUCGAUACGUGACUAAUAAUCGAGAUGAAAAUGAUCCAUCCAGAUUGGAGGAUCAGAAUCAAGGUCAAACUGCGUUAAGGGGAUACGAUUACGGCCCCCGUUUCCAUUAUGGUUUACCUCCGUAUCACGACCCUUUCUAUCACGGAUUUCCUGGAUUCUAUCCCCGCCCCUACAACGACACUUUUCACAAAGAGGCAACACAGGGUGAUGGCAACGGAACCGGUCCACACGGUCCGCCAUUUUAUCACGAUCCCAGGUUCGGCCCUCACCAACCGUUCUACCCAAAUUUCUACGGAAAGCCUGUCCAACCGUCGCAGAAUCCGGCUGACAAUCAAGGAAAUUCCGAGCAAAUCGUUACACCGGAAAAUGGACGAGGUAACAACGCCACGAAUCACGGAUAUCCGCCGUUCGGAUAUCCACCGUAUCCUUAUGGAGGCCCUCAUUAUGGGGGUUUCAAUUUUCACGGUUACCCUUUCACGGUGCCAUUCUUCGGUGGACAUCGUUUCGGAUUCCACGAUCAUCUAUUUUCUGGGAUCAAAUCCGUUCCUUAUUUGAAUUUUUACCACCACUUUCCAUCGGUUCAUUGGUAUCCCCCAUACGGUGGAUAUCAUCAUUACGACCAUCGACCCGCGACGACGACUGAGAAGCCGGCAGAAAAGACUGUCAACGAGAACUCUGAGGCAUCAGCUUCUAACAGCGAGGCUGAAACGUUGUCCGAGAUUAAAUCUUCGGAGAGGAGUCGAUCCUCGCCCUCGAGGGGAUACAAGAAACGCUUCUCCUCUGGAUUCGUUAGCAAAGAGGGCGGCAAAGUAGUUGGGGAUCGAACGUUGAAUCAAUUGAAUCAAAUCUUGAUGUAACAGUGGUAGACUGUA